AUGGCGGGGAUGCGGUGUUGCGGUGGACCCCUCACGUGUCGGGUCCCAGCGCGUACACUGAGGCGCCUGACCGUGCGGCCUCGCGCAGCGGCCGAUGUGGCCGAUGCCCCUGCUCAGGCUCGUCGUCCGGCCGUCCCCGAGGGCCUGAACAAGUACAGCGCUCGCAUAACCCAGCCCAAGUCUCAGGGCGCGAGCCAGGCGAUGCUGUACGCCACCGGCCUGAAUGAGGAGGACAUGAACCGACCCCAGGUGGGCAUCUCCAGCAUGUGGUACGAGGGCAACCCGUGCAACAUGCACCUGAACGACCUGGCGGCGGAGGUGAAGGCGGGCGUGGAGGCGGCGGGCCUGGUGGGCUACCGCUUCAACACCAUUGGCGUGUCGGACGGCAUCUCCAUGGGCACCGACGGCAUGUCGUACUCGCUGCAGUCGCGCGACCUCAUCGCCGACAGCAUCGAGACGGUGAUGCGCGCGCAGUGGUACGACGCCAACGUUUGCCUCCCCGGCUGCGACAAGAACAUGCCCGGGACCAUCAUGGCCGCCGCACGGCUCAACCGCCCCACGCUCAUGGUGUACGGCGGGACCAUCCGCCCCGGGCACGCCGCCGCCGACGGCGCCACGCUGGACAUAGUCUCCGCCUUCCAGUCCUACGGUGCCUUCGCCGCGGGCCUGCUGAGCGAGGACGGCCGUGCCGACGUGGUGCGCCACGCCUGCCCCGGCGCCGGCGCCUGCGGCGGCAUGUACACCGCCAACACCAUGGCCUGCGCCAUCGAGGCGCUGGGCAUGACGCUGCCCCACUCCUCCUCCACCCCCGCCGAGGACCCGCUGAAGCGGUUGGAGUGCCGCAUGGCGGGCGGCGUGGUGCUGGACCUGCUGCGCCGUGACAUCAAGCCGCGCGACAUCAUGACCCGCGCCGCCUUCGAGAACGCCAUGGUCCUGGUCAUGGCCCUGGGCGGCAGCACCAACGCCGUGCUGCACCUCGUCGCCAUGGCUGCGGCCUGCGGCAUCACCCUCACCCUUGAUGACUUCCAGGCCGUGUCGGACCGCACUCCCUUCCUCGCCGACCUCAAGCCCUCGGGCAAGUACGUCAUGGAGGAUGUGCACAAGGUGGGCGGCACGCCCGCCGUGCUCAAGUACUUGCUGGAGAAGAACAUGAUUGACGGCAGCACCCUGACCUGCACGGGGCGCACGCUGGCCGAGAACCUGGCCACCUGCCGGCCGCUGGCGGAGGGGCAGCAGGUCAUUAUGCCCGUGGAGUCCCCCAUCAAGACCGAGGGCCACCUGCAGAUCCUGUACGGCAACCUGGCGCCCGAGGGGUCUGACCUGGUGUCCUCCCGCCGUCCUUCCCCCUGGUUCAUCAUUUGCCGCACACUACAGUACAAGCACUGA